AUCUGUCUCAACCACUCGUGAAAGUUUCGACGGUGCGGAUAAUCGGAUUCGGCGAGCAGACGCUGCGCGCAUCGUGUGAAUGAAGCUUUGGGGAUGGAGUUUUCUCUUCCUAUAUCUCUCUCUCUCGCUCUUUAUUUGAACACUUUUGACAUAACUCAUUCGGUGUAGAGAAAGACCAGCCAAAUAGGAGGCUGCCUUGCGUUAAGUGCGAAUGGGCAUAUUGAAUUGUAAAGCCACUCGGACUGCGUUGAUCUCUGGAUGCUUGUGAUGAGUAGGAAUUGGAUGAAUACAUGAAUUUCUUGCCAUUACUUUUGCGUACAGAUUGGAGAAUUUAGGAGUUUCUUUUGAUCAGGGAGAUGGCCGCCGGGUGAAGAGGGUUUUUGGACGCUGAUGCUGAUGUAGUGGUGGCAGUUGCGGAGAAAUGAAGCGAUUUCAACGACGGGAUUGAAUUUUGUGUUUCGUAGUUCAAUUCCGCCAUUCUUGCACCAGUUUUUCUUUGUUAAUGUGUUGAAGACAGGGCGAUUGCCAGCCCCCAAACAUUAGAGCACUACGGUUCGUGGGGUUUUAUUGAAAGAAAUAAGGAGAACGUCGGAAUGUCUAUUUACGUUUGAGGCCGAGCGUUUGGCAAGUUGUUGCCAUUGAGGAUUCGGAGGAAUUGACGCAGCCUGAAUAUUGAUUGCAUUCUUCCAAGAUUUCAAAGAGUCUGCAAUUGUUCGGGUGUGUACAGCGCUCGCACUAUCCGAUGCAGUAGUGAUCGUACCGAAAUCUCAGUGUCUUCAUCAAUGGUGUUUGAGUUUGUGCGAUUAAGCAUCGUAGAAGCCUGAGUUUAUCCUAUCGGACGCGCAAGCUGGUGAAGCGGUGAACUUUCAGUGGCAAGAUGGCAUCGAAAGGGCGGCUGGUGCAGACAGUUGCUAGGUUUGCAUUGUCAAGUCGCCUACAAGGUCGAGUACCUGUUAUUGUUCAGAGUCACGCACAAUCCACAAGCACACAACCAUCAGAUUCUCAACAGCCGCCUUCGGUUACCCUUUCCACCGAAGACCUUAUUCAGAUGGAGCACAAAUUUAGUGCACACAAUUACCACCCUAUAUCGGUAGUGUUUGCAAAGGCUAAGGAUGUGGAGGUGUGGGAUCCUGAAGGCUCUAAGUACUUGGAUUUCCUCUCGGCUUACUCUGCAGUGAAUCAGGGCCAUGGGAACCAAAAGAUAAUUGAUGCAUUAAUCGAGCAAGCACAACGUCUGACCUUGAGUUCGCGAGCUUUCCAUAACGACAAGUUUCCCGUAUUUGCCAAGAUGUUGACAAGCAUGUUCGGUUACGAGAUGAUGCUUCCCAUGAACACGGGUGCUGAGGGUGUUGAAACGUCGAUCAAGUUGGCUAGGAAAUGGGCUUAUGAGAAAAAGGGUAUCUCUAAGGAUGAGGCUGUGGUCAUUUCAUGCUGUGGUUGUUUUCAUGGCCGGACAAUGGCAGCGAUUUCGAUGAGCUGCGAUAAUGAGGCUACGCGUGGUUUCGGACCAUUAUUGGGUGGUCAGGCAAAAGUAGAUUUUGGUGAUGCUAGUGCCCUUGAAAAACUGCUCCAAGAGAAAGGAGACAAAGUCGCUGCAUUCUUGUUCGAGCCCAUUCAAGGAGAAGCUGGGGUUGUCAUGCCUCCAGAUGGAUACCUGAAGAAGGUCAGGCAAUUAUGCACAAAGUAUAAUGUCUUGAUGAUAGCCGAUGAAAUUCAAACAGGGAUCGCGCGCACAGGACGUCUGUUGGCAUGCGACUGGGAGGAUGUUAGACCUGAUGUUGUGAUCUUGGGGAAGGCAUUAGGAGCAGGAGUAUUGCCUGUUAGUGCAGUGCUUGCUGAUGCGGACAUCAUGUUGUGCAUCCGACCGGGCGAACAUGGCAGUACGUUUGGGGGAAAUCCGUUGGCUUCUGCUGUGGGCAUAGCUGCCUUGGAAGUGGUCACGGAACAAAAUCUAUCUGAAAGAUCAGAUAAGAUGGGACAGGAGUUCAGAGAGCAGUUACGAGGUAUACAAAAAGACUAUCCCAAUUUAAUCAAAGAAGUUCGUGGUCGUGGGCUUUUAAAUGCUGUGGUGCUGAACCAAGCAGAUUUAGGCAACGCUACAGCCUAUGAUGUCUGUAUGGGCUUGAAGAAUAGAGGAAUUCUGGCUAAACCUACACACGGAAACAUAAUUCGGCUGUCACCACCUCUCACCAUCAAGCGAGAACAAGUAGCACAGGCAAGCAAGGCGCUGAGAGAAGUUUUUGAAUUCGAUUUGGCAGAUAUGAAGCUUCAUGCUGAAGACCGCUCCCCACCCAAAACUCCUGAUGCAUGUGAUCGCUGUGGACGCUACAAGUAUGUCAUGCCUGAGACUGAGCUUUGAGCACUUCGUUGCCCACUUGUCGGCUUCACUGAGGAGAGCCAGGUUACGUAUGUGACAUAUUGGUGGCUUGUUGUUAAACCUUUUUGUGCAGCAGUUUCACUAUAGUUGAUUUAUCAUUGGUUCAUUCUGGCCAGUGAUACGAAAUCUUGUGUGUAAAGCUUUGAUGAUAAUAUUAGUUUAUUUACGGUACUGGUACAUUCAGUUUUAGUAUUGGUCUUCAUUGUAUGGUCCAGUUACAUGGCUUUCAGUGCUUACAAGUUUGCAAGAAAUUUGCAUACUGCAAGCAUUGGUGCUGGAUAUGGUUAAACUUUUUAAUUAUGUAGCGUGAAAGAACAGGGUGUAAUUUGAUCAAAUCGUUUACGUAGGUAAAGAUUAUAUGAAGAUUGUAUAAAGAUUAUUUAGUUGUUUGUAUA